CUACUAUCGUCACCCAUGGCGCUGCAAAACCUCCCCACCGAGCUCCUCGAUUCAAUCUUCUCCUACCAUGACCCUUUUCCGGAUGAGCCGGUAUUAACCAGCAACCACUUCCGCGAACUACGGCUCCUCUGUAGAGCUUUCAAGCGGUCGGCCACGCCGCUAGCCUUCAAACGCGUCCGGCUAUGCGAAUUCAACCGUGAAGCGUUCGAGCGCAUCGUGAACCUCUCGCGAUGCUCCGAGAUCGCGAACUGUGUCACCAUCUUCGAGUACAAAGUGGUCGAGCACAUCUCCCCAGCGGAUAUCCACCAAAUCGACUCGAUAUGCCUCCUUGGCGAGGACACCCUCCUUGCCGACAGCAAAGCGAUGGCCCGCGAUCUCUUGGCACGCCAUCAGAUGUACCUUGCGCAAACCGACGUCCUGGGUACUUACUUCGACAUCCUCUCGCUCGCCCGCGCGCUCCCGGCCUUCUCCAACCUGCGCACAGUCACCAUCUCCGCGUUCGCCAGCGAGCCCUACCGGCAAUACGAUGCGAGCCCCACGCGCGCCUUCUGGGGGCUGAUCAAAGCGCUCAACCACUGCGAGUACGAAAUCACGACGCUUACGAUCGCCGCGUGGCACCCACCGAGCCUGUUCCCGUCCGCGUACUACCAGCGUCCCGCCGCGGAGACCCCCUACGCCGACUCCAAGCCGCAGCAGAUCGCCAACGUCGUCGCCAGCAUCACGCACCUGGCCCUCACCAACAUCCCGCAGGUAUACCGCGGCCCAUGGUGGCAGUGCGCGCUCCGUACCGAGAUCGUGUGCCACUGCGUUGCCGUCGAAUCGCUCACGAUCAUUAUCGACUCUGAGCGCGUGCCCUACGCGGACCCCGACUCCUCCUUCCCGUCGUUCCGCAACAUCCUCUUCGAGACGCCGCUGCACUUCGCGCUCUCACCGUGGGCUAUUGAUUACAGGCUCCCGAAGCUGGCGCAUCUGGAGCUCGCCGCCACGACGCGCGAGGGCGCUCACCUCGAGGAUCCUACCGUCUUCCUCACAAUGCACAAAGACACCCUUAGGUCGUUGGUCUGUAGGAAUUAUUGGAUGAUGAGCCAUCUGUUGAGGCCCGGGUGGAUCUCCGAUAAUCAGUUUAGAACGGUCGUGGCCAAAUUCCCGGAUUGUAGGUUCGAGGGGACGCACUGGGCACCACCGGGUUCGGGUCCGUGAAAAUGGUGUUGAGUGAGGAGAGGCGCAGGUUCGUCAUAAAUGAGGUUGAGGUUGAGAGGGGGGG